AUGAUCGAUGUCGACUUUGACUUUUUCAAUCCCAAUCCCAAUGUCGAUUAUCAAGCUAUAAAACGUCUGCUUGUGCAAUUAUUCCAACAGGAUGCAGAUCUCUUUCAUCUUCAUGAGCUUACUGAGCUCAUUCUGAGUCAGCCGACGAUUGGUACGACUGUUAAAACGGAUGGGCAGGAAAGCGAUCCGUAUGCUCUACUCACGGUCAUAAAUAUGCAUGCGCAUCAGGACAAUCCUUCUAUAAAAGCCCUGGUUGUUUACUUCCUCCAAAAGUCUCUUCCGAAUCCCGCGCUGCAUACAAUUCUACAAAAUCUAUUUUCUCAAACAGAGCAUCAUGUCGGACUGGUCGUCUGCGAGCGUCUUAUCAACAUGCCAGUUCAGGUCAUACCUCCGAUGUACCGUAUGUUGAAGGAUGAAUUGAAAGGAGAGGUCACUGCGAACCAAGCCUUUAAAUUCAGCCAUCUCAUCGUAAUAUCACGGACGUAUCACCUUUCCGUGGAAGAGGAAACCUAUCUGACAAACAUCAAAUCAAAGUCCCCAACCAACAAGAAGAAAAAGACUAAAGCGGUCACUACUGCGCCGACAAUGUCACGGCCAGUGGAUGGAGUUUAUUUAUUUCAUCCCGAGGACGAAUUCAUUAAACAGGCAUCUAGUCAUGCAAUUGACUAUGCGUUCACAGCAGCUCCCGCUGAACCUCGGGACUCGGAAUCUUUUGGUCUAGACACUCGUGGUCGGCUAAUGCUCCUUCCUUUUGAACAACUCGAGACAUUGGUACAGACGAUGAGCGAGGCGUAUGCUGUUGGUUGA